GCCUUGCAGACAUAUGAAAGUUCUAUCAUGUGAUUCAUUUACAUACAGCCUUCCCUUCUCACAUUGAUACAGUAUGUCAUUCUUAAAGUAAAGACUUAAUGGCAACUAAGCACACAGCAGGAAGCCCCAGCACAGUCAUGCUCCACAGCUACUCUUCAUAGCAGACUCAGGACUUCCUCUUUGGUUUCUUCAUAUUUCCGUAGCCAAAGCCAUGCUCUCACCGUCUGAUCACUGAGAGAUCGAAAAGGAGAUUUGGAUUCAGAAUACAAUUGGGUUUAUGCUGAAACUACUACGGAGGUUCCAAGGGCUAAGAGUCUCUUAUUAACCUACCCAUAGGCCCUUAGGCAUCUCUGAACUUCAGUAUGUCUCUUCAGCACAUGGACCUUUGGAUCAUCUUUCUGUUCGCCAGUGCAGUGGCCAGUGACAGGUGCCCUCCUGCAUCUCUGCAGCUGCAUCCAUCUGAACUGGUGGUGGAAUAUGGGGGAUCACUCGAAGUUAACUGCACAUCUCUUAAUAACAGUGCAGUAAAAUGGCAGAUACGUCCAGAUCUCAAUGACUUGAUGGAGCCCUAUGACCUAUGGAACACACGGUGGACAGUAGAAAACCUGCAAGAAUGGGACAUAGAAGCACAAUGCAUUCUAAUUCUGAAUAAUAGUCUGACUGAUGAUCUGAUUAUGAUUGAUGAUCUGACUGAUAAUCUGACUGAUUUUCAGUGCUAUGAAAACCUAUCUUUAACAGUCUACAAGGCUCCUGAAAAUGUAUCCAUCACUCUUGUGAACCACACCGAGGUAAUGGGUGAUGGCAGACAAUAUGAACUCCAGUGUGACGUCUUGGAUGUUGCUCCAGUUCAGAACCUAACUGUACGAUGGUACAGAGAAAAUGUCACUGUGAAUGAAUCUCGAUUCACGGAUACUGAGAGGGGUCCACGUAAUGUAUCGGCUUCCCUCCUGAUCUCUCCAACCCGAGAGGACGAUGGAGUUCUGUACCGGUGUGAAGCAGAGCUAGAUCUGGGACCACUGGGACCAAACCCACCUCUUACACGCUCAUUUGAUCAGCUACAAAUCACUGUGAAAAAGGAUUUGUCUCUGUGGAGUGAUGCAGAAAGGACUGCCGUGCCAACAAUGCCAACGUCAGCGAUCACAACCACCGCCACUGUAACCACAGGCACAACUGGGGUCCCAACAUCAACUCCUCUACCAGACAUCCUGUCAAACAUCGAUAUUGUGGCGGUUUCUCCUGGGCCGAUGGCUGUGGGCAAAAAUUACACCCUGUCAUGCCACAUCGAAAUCCCCCAAUCUGUUGGCAAUGUCACCGUGAAGAUGUAUAUAGGACAGGUUCUGCUGAACACAGAAAUAAUAGAGAACUGGGGGGAUAGAAAUAUAACCAGUGAUUUCCUGUACACAGCCCUUAUAAAACAUAAUGGGGAAAAAUACCAGUGUGUUGUAGAGUUCCAGCAACCAGGAAAGGAGUCUUUUCUUGAACACAAAUCAAACACCCUCAACAUUGAUGUGUACAGUGGCUGUCCAGUUGCAAUCAAUCCCUCUACUCUGGUGGUGAGGUAUGGAGGUCCUGCUUCGUCCACCUGUCGUUCACUCGUACCCAUCGACGGCAUGGGCUGGGAGUCCCCUGUGGGGGCUGUGGGUAUGGAGGAGGGAGUCACUGAGCUCAACUGGACGGUGAAGGAGCUGAGAGAGUGGACAGUGACUCCACAAUGCUUCAUUAACAGGGAGGAGGGACAGUGCACAAAAGAACUUUCUGUUGUAGCUUUCACAACUCCGGACAGUUUGACCAUUACCACAAAACGUCAUAGUACAAUGGCUGUGGGCAAGGACAACACCCUCACUUGCCACAUUGGAAAUAUCGCUCCUGUUCAGAGCCUCACUGUAAAAUGGUUUAAACAAGUACCUGUUGAUGGAAGCACUGUUCCACUGUCGGAUGAUGAACGACACCAGAGCAGCAUCAGUAUUGGUCCUCAAAAUCUUACCAGCGACUACAUGAUUACUCCUCAUAUAUCAGAUAAUGGAACACAAUAUUGGUGUGAGGCAGAGCUGGACUUAGGGCCAGGAGGACCCCCUAAACUGACUUCAGCCCCACUCACCAUCAUCGUGUACAGUGGCUGUCCGAUUGACAUCAGUCCUUCCACUCUGGUGGUGAGGUAUGGAGAUUCAGCUUCAGCUGACUGCAGCACGUUCGUAACUCACAACGGAAUUGGCUGGAAUUCUACUCUUGGACCUGUAAGCAAAGUGAGGGAUGUCCAAAAUGUCACCUGGAGGGUGGAGAGCCUGACAGAGUGGUCAGUGAAGCCCAAGUGUGUUAUUGACACUGAUUAUGGGCAGUGUGGCCAAGACCUCAAUGUUUCUGUUUAUUCUAUUCCAGAUGUUAUCACUCUAACAGCGAAUAUUGCUGGAGCAAUGGCUGAAGGCAAGACCUACAGCCUUUUUUGCCACAUUGAAAACAUUGCUCCUGUUCAGAACCUCACUGUAAAGUGGUUCAAACGACACACUGUUUAUGGAAGCACUGUUGAAAGGAUGUUGAUGGAUGACCCAAAACACCAGAGCAUCAGCAGUAUUAGUUCACAAAAUAUUACCAGUGACCUCCUGAUUGCUCCUAAAAUAUCAGAUAAUGGAGCACAAUAUUGGUGUGAGGCAGAGCUGGACUUAGGGCCAGGAGGACCCCCUAAACUGACUUCAGCCCCACUCACCAUCAUCGUGUACAGUGGCUGUCCGAUUGACAUCAGUCCUUCCACUCUGGUGGUGAGGUAUGGAGAUUCAGCUUCAGCUGACUGCCGUGCAUUAAUACCUCACAACGGAAUUGGCUGGAAUUCUACUCUUGGACCUGUAAGCAAAGUGAGGGAUAUCCAACAUGUCACCUGGAACGUGGAGAGCCUGACAGAGUGGUCAGUGAAGCCCAAGUGUGUCAUUGACACUGAUGAUGAGCAGUGUGGCCAAGACCUCAAUGUUUCUGUUUAUUCUAUUCCAGAUGUUAUCACUCUAACAGCGAAUAUUGCUGGAGCAAUGGCUGAAGGCAAGACCUACAGCCUUUUUUGCCACAUUGAAAACAUUGCUCCUGUUCAGAACCUCACUGUAAAGUGGUUCGAACGACACACUGUUUAUGGAAGCACUGUUGAAAGGAUGUUGAUGGAUGACCCAAAACACCAGAGCAUCAGCAGUAUUAGUUCACAAAAUAUUACCAGUGACCUCCUGAUUGCUCCUAAAAUAUCAGAUAAUGGAGCACAAUAUUGGUGUGAGGCAGAGCUGGACUUAGGGCCAGGAGGACCCCCUAAACUGACUUCAGCCCCACUCACCAUAAUCGUGUACAGUGGCUGUCCGAUUGACAUCAGCCCUUUCCCUCUGGUGGUGAGGUAUGGAGAUUCAGCUUCAGCUGACUGCCGUGCAUUAAUACCUCACAACGGAAUUGGCUGGAAUUCUACUCUUGAACCUGUAAGCAAAGUGAGGGAUAUCCAACAUGUCACCUGGAACGUGGAGAGCCUGACAGAGUGGUCAGUGAAGCCCAAGUGUGUCAUUGACACUGAUGAUGGGCAGUGUUCAAAACUGCUCAAUGUCAUUGUUUACCAGAUGCCCAGCAGAAUAACCCUGACAACAAAUCAUACUGGCAAAAUGACUGCUGGCAAAGAUUACAUCUUUACUUGCCACAUUCAAAACGUUGCUCCUGCUCAGAACCUGAUCGUGAUGUGGUUCAAAGGACAGACUCUGCUGAACGAACCGCACAAAUAUCAGGGCACCGGUGCGGGUCCCCAAAACUUGACCUUUGACCUUCGUAUUCAACCCACUGCAUCUGAUGAUGGAGCACAGUACAGGUGUAAGGCACAGCUGGAUCUUGGCCCUGGCUUGCUUGAAGUCGAAUCAAACCAUCGUGUCAUUAACAUACCUGCUGACUGGACAACCACUAUUAUAAUAAUCUUUCUCAUCUUUGUUCUUAUUAUAUUGGUCCUGAUACUUGCAUUUCGAUACUUAAAAAGUAAACAGGGGAAUUACAGCGUUGUGCAGACCCAUAUCCCUCUGACUGAAACUCCCAAUGGAAAUGCAUGAACACCAGUCAGUGCAGCUACACUGAGACAGCCUGACUGAACCUAGAUGAACCUGUUUGAGCAAAUUUGAAUGUAGGCCUAAUGUAUAUAAUGUACAGUACAGCUAUAACUUACAUACAAAACAACAUAUAGAAAAAAUUAUGUAUACUGUAUGUAUGGAAUGUAUGUAUGGAAAACCCAGGGUUCCCUUGAAAAAGAUAUGUAAGAUCUCAAUGGGACUCACCUGUUAAAGUAAAGGAUAAAUAAAUAGGCCUAACAAAUCUGAAUAAUGACACACUAAUGCAGAAGGGAAAAAGUGUUGUCCACCAAAUGUCUAAAACGUUUGCACAGUAGUCCAGGGUACUAUGACUGAUUUUACAUUAUUAAUAAACAGUUGGAAAUGGAAAA